GAAUAUCUUCUCUCUCUUACAAGUGUGCUUUUAUUCAUUCUUACUUCGAAACAUUCACAUAUAAUUCUCCGGGAAAGUAAUUUCCCGGCAUCCAAACACUUCAAACAACCCCGACGAAAAUGUCACCACCGCCACAAGUUUCCGCCAUUACUUUUCUUCUUCUACUUUCGACUCUUACGGUAAUGUCGUCAAAAGCCAAUUCCCAACCUCCCCAAAGAGAACGCCAUCUUCCCAAUUCUUCGGGAUUUUCCUUUUCAUCGAAAAGAAGCCUUUUCCAGGACGACGAGUUGCUGUCUACGAAGGUCUUAAUCCGUGGAAACUCGACGAUCUCGAGCGAAAACAACACCUUCGACCUCGGAUUCUUCUCUCCGAACGGCAAAGAUUGCUUCUUGGGAAUCUGGUACUCGUCGAUUUCUCCGCCGACCUACAUUUGGGUUGCGAACCGCGAGAGGCCGAUCAGGAACAACAACGGUACGGAUUAUUCUUCACCAACCCUAGAAAUCACGGCCACCGGACGAUUGGCGGUCAAGGACUCCGGUAAUUCGAUCGUGUGGCAGAGCGCGAACGUCGAUGUCGCGACGGAGCUGGUCCUCUUCGAGAGCGGAAACCUGGCUCUGCUAAACCCUAAGGGAACUGUCUUGUGGCAGAGCUUCGACUAUCCGACGGACACGUGGCUUUCCGGGAUGAAUCUCACGACUUCCAAGGGGUUGACCAGCUGGCGAAGCUCGUCGGACCCCUCGCCGGGGUUUUAUUCCCUGCAGCUGAGACCAGACUACGGCGAAUUCGACCUCGUCUUCAACAACACUGAGGCUUAUUGGAGCACCGGAAACUGGACCGGCGAGGCUUUCGCCAAUGUGCCGGAGAUGAUGGUUCCGUACAUCUACCGCUUCCAUUUCGACGACCCGUUCAAGCCAACGGCGUCGUUUGGGUUCACCGAGAUCGUUGGGUUCCCCGAAAAGCCAGUCGACAACGGCUUGGGCCUGCCAUUGACCCGGUUCCAGAUGGACUAUUCGGGUCAGCUCCGGCAGUACACGUGGUCGGAGCAGACGGAGAAUUGGAACAGGUUCUGGUUUCAGCCCGAUAACACGUGUCGGGUUCUCGGCUCGUGCGGGAAAUUUGGGCUCUGUGCCAAUGCUAGCGAGAGAUCUUGUGAGUGUGUCUCUGGGUUUGAGCCUGUUAAUUUGUUGAGUUGGGAAUCUGGGGAUUUCUCAGAUGGUUGUCGUCGUUUGGAUGAUGAUGAUGUCGUUUGUGGAAAGAGGGACGAUGGGUUUGAGGAGGUUGGUGGUUUUAUGAGGUUUGCGGGUGAGAAAGUUGAGCGUUUUAACUUUAGUUUGGAUGCUUGUGAAAGGGCUUGCUUGGAAAGUUGUGCUUGUGUUGGUUUGUACCAUAAUGGGAAGUCUAAUUUGUGUGAACUCUUAUUUGGGUCGCUCUUAAAUUUGAGGAAUUUGAGUUCUGAUGGCUCAGGUGCGGAUUUGAUCUACGUGAGGGUGCCAAAAGGAGGGGUUUCGAAUAAGAAGAAGAGGAAGGCUUUGAAUUCUUUAGUUUUGGCUGCUAGCAUUGUUGGGUCGAUUGCGGUUUUGGGGUUUUUGGUUUUGCUUGUUUUGUUUCUUGUGAGGAGACGACGGAGGAGGGCUGUGGAAGAAGAUGGUGCCUUACCAAUUUUGACUUUGAAGGUGUUUACCUACAAAGAGCUCCACCAGGUGACACGUGGCUUCUCAGAGAAACUCGGCCAUGGCGGCUUCGGAGCAGUUUUCCGAGGGAAGUUGUCGGAUUCUACUCUUGUAGCUGUGAAACGGCUUGAGAGACCUGGCACCGGAGAGAAAGAGUUCAGGGCUGAGGUGUGCACAAUUGGGAACAUUCAACAUGUCAAUCUUGUGAGGCUAAGAGGGUUCUGCUCGGAAGAUUCUCAUAGACUGUUGGUUUAUGAGUACAUGCCUAAUGGCGCUCUGAGUCUUUACCUGCGCAAAGAGGGUCCAAACUUGAGCUGGGACAUGAGAUUUGGAGUUGCAAUUGGUACUGCAAGAGGCAUUGCGUAUUUACACGAAGAGUGUAGAGAUUGCAUCAUUCAUUGUGAUAUCAAACCCGAGAACAUUUUGAUCGACAGUGAUUACACACCGAAACUGUCAGAUUUCGGGUUGGCAAAGCUACUUGGCAGGGAUUUCAGCAGGGUUUUAGCCACAAUGAGGGGUACAUGGGGGUACGUUGCCCCGGAGUGGAUAUCAGGCGUGGCGAUCACUACUAAGGCUGACGUUUAUAGCUAUGGAAUGACAUUGAUUGAACUAAUUGGUGGCCGCAGAAAUGUGGAAGCGCCGCCAUCUGCCAGUGGGGGCAGAGAGGGAGGUGCUGUGCCAGAGAAGUGGUUCUUUCCUCCGUGGGCGGCAAGGCAGAUAAUUGAGGGCAAUAUAGCUGCGGUGAUCGAUCAUAGGCUCGGUAGUGGUUAUAAUGUUGAGGAGGCGCAGCGUGUUGCUCUGGUGGCCGUGUGGUGCAUACAGGACGACGAGGCGGUGAGGCCUACAAUGGGAAUGGUAGUGAAGAUGUUGGAAGGAGUUGUGGAAGUGACAGUUCCUCCGGCACCGAAAUUGCUGCAAGCUCUGGUUUCCGGGGAGUCUUUUCAUGGUGUUAAGGUUGAUUCUACUGGAUUGUCCCCGAAUAAUCAAAGACUAUCCAAUGCUGGCUCAGAAUCAUCUCUUGGUAAUGCUUCUUCCCCAGUAAAUGAUGUGAAUGAUACACAGCCAAGUUCAUUUGUAGGCCAACGGUAAAUUGCACAUACAAUCCGGUAGUUUUUAUUUUCAGACAUUUUCCCCCCAAAAGAAGGAGUUUUGUUCUAGUAAAAAUGAAAUAUAGUAAGGGUGAUUUCUUGUAAAAUAUCUAGUGAUGCAAAGUUGGUUGAUGGUACCUGUGGAAUUUUGCCGCAUUGAAAGGAAGAACUUUUUACGCAUCCAAACGUUGAUCUCAUUCUUUUGAUUUGUUCUAAAUUUCU